GCUGCUGCGCGCGUGCUGGGUCGGUCAGUAGCGCGCAGAGCAGAGCGAGGGUGUCGUUGAAUCACGCUUUCUUGCGAAGUAUGAAGUCUGAACGGCAAGCACUGGAUUUGCAUCUGGUAUUUUGGACAUAUGGAACAUCAUCCUAAACUCAUAUUGUUCUUAUACUCCUGAGAGAAAUGGGGAACGGAAUUUCAGAGCAGCCCAACUUUCUAUCCAGUCUUCCGUUCUGUAAUUCUCUUCACAUCGCUAUUCUGGGUCUGGAUUUUGCAGGCAAAACGACGGUCCUGUACCGUCUGCAGUUCAAUGAGUUUGUCAACACUGUCCCAACCAAAGGUUUCAAUGCAGAGAAAGUCAGAGUACCUCUUGGGGACUCACAAACAGUGACGUUUCACUUUUGGGACGUUGGCGGGCAGGAGAAACUGCGCCCUCUUUGGAAGUCCUAUACACGUGGCACAGAUGGCAUCGUGUUUGUUGUGGACUCUUUGGAUGCAGAGAGAAUGGAAGAGGCAAAGACGGAGCUUUACAAAAUCGCCCGAUCCUCUGAAAAUCAAGGAGUGCCUGUGUUGAUUAUUGCUAACAAGCAGGACUUGAGACAGGCUCUGUCACUGUCACAGAUAGAGACCAUGCUGGCACUCAAAGAACUGGGACCCUCUACGCCGUGGCACCUGCAGUCCACCUGUGCCAUCAUUGGUGACGGUCUCAAAGAGGGACUCGAAAGACUUUAUGACAUGAUCCUAAAACGAAGAAAGAUGCUCAAACAGCAAAAAAAGAAAAAAUAGACCGUAUAUAAAAGGGGGGAAAAAGGACUAUACAAGUUGAUAGUUGUAAACUGUCAUUUUUACGUGCCCAGAGUUGGUUAGAACCAACAAGUUGUUUACUUUCUUGUUUACUACUCUAGUUGUUUACUUUCGGUCAUAGACUUAGAAAUAAAAUAAACCUAAUAUAAAGAUUUUUUUAAUACACUGAAAAGUGAUUUGUGUUGAAGGUUUUAUUUCAAAUUUUAUUUGCAAUAAAAGGGCUUUCUGUGUUCAUUCUAAAAUUGCCAUAUGUAAUAUUUUAACACAUAUACAGUACAUCUGCCAAAUCUUGUCAUUUUAGGGUCCGGUAUUAAGGUGUUAAAAGGAAUAACUCACCCAAGAAAAACCUGUGAAUGAAAACUAAUUUACAUUAUUUUAUGUUCAUGUUGCUCCCUGAAUAAUGACUUGAAUUUCAUUCUUUUUGCACAAAACUAUAGGGAUGCACAAUAUUAGUUUCAUAAUUGUGCAUGCUCUUUAGUUUAUAUUUAGAUUAUAUUUGAAGUCAUCUACUGCUCAAUUCAAGUGAAUUUUUAACAACACAAAAAAUGUAAUCACUGUUAAAUGUAAUCUUUAGCAAAUCAAUUGGAAUAUAAGUCUUUCAUGCUGUACAUUAUAAUGUUGUGGG